AUGAUUAACUUGCUUCAAAUACUAACUGAAAUACAUGAGUUACCUAAACCUUCUUUUUCAAAUAAGACUCUUAAUGAGCUUCAUAUCGGCACUUUUGAAAAUAUUGAAACUGCCACUGAAGACACAAGUAUAAUCUUAGCUUUGAAAAAAUUUGUACAAAGAAGAGUAUCAGCAUUACCAGUUAUUGAUAGGGAGGGCAAACUAGUCAAUAUAUACUCUAAGUUUGAUGUCAUUAAUUUAGCUGCUGAAAAAACGUAUAAUAACUUGGACGUGUCGCUAAAAGAAGCCAAUGAUCAUAGAAAUGAAUGGUUUGAAGGAGUACAAAGCUGCAAGUUGAGCGAAACUCUCUUUGCAGUAAUGGAGAAAAUCGUCAAGGCAGAGGUUCAUAGAUUAGUGGUUGUAGAUGAAGAUGGGAAAGUCAUUGGAAUAAUUUCAUUAUCAGAUCUUCUGCACUAUUUAGUUUUAAGGCCAAGUGAACAGGACUCUAACAAGAAAAAUUCUGAAUCGUCACAUAUUCAAGAAACAUUAUUGUCAGAAAUCAUUUGUUCGAAUUUUUCCAACGAAUAAAGUUAAAAAAGUAACUACUUCUACUAAAUAUAUGUAACAACUGCUAACUUAUUAGAUGUAAUCACUAAGACAGAAGGUUAGAUCAACAAAUUUCUUAUGAAAAGAAGUUCUAAGAAGCAAAUUGUUUGAUGAACAAAUUCCUUACGUCAUCAAAACAACAUGGACUAAAUUUUUAAGAAGAUUUUAAUGCUUGAAACUAAAAAUAAGAAAUAUUUGUAAAUCAUUUACAGAUACUGAAA